AUGGAUAUGUCCAUCGGAUCUGGAUCGGAUCUGAGAUCCGGAUCUUCGGAUCUGUACCCGGGAAUAUGGUAUAUGACACCUGUUGUCUUAGGCAGCGACAAGACUACAGUAUCAGUUGCAACUGGAAACAACAAGUAUUAUCCACUCUAUGUGUCAAUUGGGAAUGUUUGCAACAACGUUAGACGUGCUCAUCGCGAUGCAGCCAGUAUCAUUGGGUUCCUUGCUAUUCCUAAAACAACAAAGGAACACACAACUGGCAAUGUGAAGUUCCGAAAGUUCCACCAGCAGUUAUUUCAUUGCUCGCUCUCUAAGAUUCUCAAGACACUUCGUCCUGGUAUCACAAAGUAUGAAGUUGCAUGGUUCGGUGAUGGUCACUUCCGUCGUGUGAUCUAUGGUCUGGGACCGUACAUUGCAGACUAUGAGGAACAAGUCUUAUUGACAUGCAUUGUGCGUGGUUGGUGCCCAAGAUGUUUGUUGUCACACAUCAAUCUAGAUGAAUCGGCUGGUUGGCAUUGUCGCCAUCAUACAGAUGCACUUGUUGAGGAGGGGACCCUAGAUGUAUUAUGGGAUGAGUAUGGUAUUGUUGGUGAUCUUGUCCCAGUCACAAAUGAUUUUGCUCAGGCCAACAUCCACCAACUUAUUACCUCUAAUAUCCUUCACCAGCUUAUCAAAGGCAUGUUUAAAGACCAUCUUGUGGACUGGGUUGAAAAAAUUGCUGCUGUUCCAGCCUUCACUGGUCUUCGGCGCUUCCCACAAGGACGAGGCUUUAAGCAAUGGAUGGGUGACGACUCAAAGGCACUCAUGAAGGUAUACUUAUCCGCUAUCGAAGGAUACAUCCCUCUAGAAAUGGUUCGAACAUUUCGAGCCUUCCUGGAGUUUUGUUAUCUUGUCCGAUGCAGCACCAUUACAGAGAAGACUCUCGAGCAAAUACAAGAGGCCCUUGACCGCUUCCAUUGA